AUAGGUACAGGAUGAAAACCUAGAUAAUUUUAUAAAAAAAAGAAAGAAACAAAGGAAAACCCGGAUAACCAAAAAAAAAGUAUUUAACUGCAUUAAAGAAACCCCAGAUAAGCAAAUCAAACGUAAAGGCUGUCACCAGGAGGAAGCUUGUGAAGGACAUGAUAAGGAGGAGGAGGUUCUUGAAGCUGUUUCUCUAUCUCUUUUCUCUCUUUCGUUUCGUCUUUUCUAAUUUCAACUUUUUCUAAGAAAGGGAAAGAAAGGGAGGUUUUGGAGCUGAAUUUGAAGGAGUUUUCUUUUGUGCUUUUCUCUGCGACAGAAGAGAAGAGGAGAGCGAUGGAGCUGACUAUAAAACGUUUGCCGAAGAUGGUGGGGUAGAUCAGAUGAACUUGGACGUUGGUUUCUCCAGGUCCGUUGUGGUUCAGGAUCUGCUUUCACAGAUUUGAUGAGAUUGCUUUGGGUUUUGGAGACUUGGCAGCUUUUUAUAUCUCGGACUUUUUGUAUGGUUUUGUUUGCUGCAUUUGGGUAGGAACAUACAUACAAUGGCUCUUGCUUGGGAAAUAUAAGGACGCGAGACCCUGCGAAAGUUGUGGCAUGACCCUCUCAUAUAAAAUGGGAAAGAAAAUGAAAGCAUCAACUCCUGGAGGCCAAUUCUUGUGAAAAAAACAUGUGUUACGUUAACUAAAUCAGAACAUUAUUGUGGCAUUUGCAAGAAGAUUUGGAAUUAUCCGAUUCAGACAAGUGGCAGUCAAAAGCUAAGAAGGUUAGGUGCUUAAGUCAGACCCGAGAGAUGGUGGAGCCUUCUUUGGUGGUUUCGCAAUACCGCAUGAUCCGUCGGAGGAGCUUGGAAGGGAAAUUAGGAUCGGACCAAUCAUGAACCCAAGAAGGAUCCAAAAUUUCCAGACUAAACCCAAAAUUUUGUUGUCUAAAUUCAUUUCUUCGUUUAGGGAUUCAAAUCCCCUACUUCUGGAACCACAGUUAUGCUUAAAGAAAAGCACCACCGAAAAAAUGCCUUGCAGUUCAAAACAAUGAUAGAGGUUGAACAACCAAGCCUGUUAAAAUAUAUCAUCAAAGUGGCAAUCAUGAUGAUCGGAAUGGUAUUACCCGUCGGAUACAUGAUAUUCCGUAACAAACGCAUCCCUUCCGCUUCCUCUUACUCCAAACAAAAGAACAAAGUUUUGAUAUAGUGAUUUUGGUGGAAGAAGAGUUUAAAAAAAAAAAAAUGUUGAUGGGGUUACCUUUGAAGGAAGAUUAGGAAAGAUUAGAAGAAGGCCUUGAAUAAGCUGCGGAGACAAAAAUGUAAAUGAUUUAUAAAACUCUCAACUCUGUUUUGUGUUUGUUGUUUGGAUAUCAAUUCAAGUUCAUAAAAGAUGAAAUGUGUUGUUUUGUUCAAUUUAUGAGUUUACCUUAGCUCAACAAUCAUCAUCAUAAUAUAUCCGUUACCAUGAUUUUGGUUGUUUUGAUACUAAUUUGAGUUUAUGAAACUCAGUUCUUUACUUCUUUCAUGUAUCUUUGAUUGAGAAUAUCUAUCAUUUUUGCUCCCCAUAGUAUGUUUCUUUCAUGUGGUGUGUGAUGAAAACGGUAUUUUGAUCGAGUCUUUGUUGUUUGUUUCAUGGUGGAAAAUGGCUUACAUCAUAUUUGUGCUUUGAUUGAAAUGGUUUCAUCAGUUAUAGCAAAAGAAUGAGGCUUAUGAUUGCAUGAUAUAUCAUUUUCUUUUGAUCAUGCAUGGGUCAAUUGUGAUCAUGCUGCAUGAGCUGUGGUUCAUAGCUCACAUUUUAGAACUCAUGUUGAGUUGUUUUCUAUGUUUUUUAUUUUAGAAUUUGAGUAUUCCAUUUGAUUCGGUUAAUUUUUAACUCAUAUAUCAAUUCAAUGAAAUAUCACUCUAACUUUUA